UGAGCUCCACACCGGCCCGUACUUGGACUAGCGGCGUUCAACAAGACGCCCCAACCUUAGCUGAGCUUGAUUCCCCAACCCAAAAAGUUUCGGUCGUUAAGAGGCCGCUUCGACAAAGCCCCUGCCUCCAACUUUUGCCGACCAUCACGACAGCAACUCUCGCCAGAUUCGAGCGUCAGCGUCACCAUGUUCUCUAGAGGCCUCAGGGUAGGUCGGGCAGUACAGGCCCCGCUGCGCCAGCGCACCUACGUCCCUAAGAUCUCCGCUGCUCGCAGGAGCGUUACGACGGAUGCCGCUUCUUCGCAUGUCGAAAAGGGCGCAGUUCCCAAGUCCGAUGAUGAGCCCUUUACCGUCAACCUGAGCGACGAGAGCUUCGAGACCUACGAGCUCGACCCGCCGCCAUACACCAUGGAGGUGACCAAGAAGGAGCUUAAGCAGAUUUACUACGACAUGGUUGUGGUUCGGCAAAUGGAAAUGGCGGCGGACCGGCUGUACAAGGAGAAGAAGAUCAGGGGCUUCUGCCAUCUGUCGACCGGACAGGAGGCAGUCGCUGUCGGUAUCGAGCACGCUAUCAACAAGUCGGACGACGUCAUCACGUCGUACCGAUGCCACGGCUUCGCCUACAUGCGCGGCGGCACGAUCCGCUCCAUCAUCGGCGAGCUGCUGGGCCGUCGCGAGGGUAUCGCUUACGGCAAGGGCGGCUCGAUGCACAUGUUCGCCAAGGGCUUCUACGGCGGCAACGGUAUUGUGGGCGCCCAGGUCCCCGUCGGCGCCGGCCUGGCCUUUGCUCAGAAGUACACUGGCGGCAAGAAGGCCACUGUCAUCCUUUACGGUGACGGUGCCAGCAACCAGGGGCAAGUUUUUGAGGCGUUCAACAUGGCGAAGCUGUGGAACCUGCCCGCGCUUUUCGGCUGCGAGAACAACAAGUACGGCAUGGGCACAUCCGCCUCCCGCUCGUCUGCUCUGACAGACUAUUACAAGCGUGGACAGUACAUUCCCGGCCUGAAGGUGAACGGCAUGGACGUACUCGCGGUCAAGGCUGCGGUCAAGUACGGCAAGGAGUGGACCGAGGCGGAGAACGGCCCGCUUGUUCUCGAGUACGUCACGUACCGCUACGGUGGUCACUCCAUGUCGGACCCCGGCACAACGUACCGCACGCGCGAGGAGAUCCAGCGCAUGAGGUCGACCAACGACCCGAUCGCCGGGCUGAAGCAGAAGAUGGUUGACUGGAGCGUCGUGUCGGAGGAGGAGCUGAAGCACCUGGACAAGGAGGCGCGUAGCUUCGUGAACGAGGAGGUCAAGGCGGCCGAGGCUAUGGCCCCUCCCGAGGCGACCCAGCAGAUCCUAUUCGAGGACAUUUACGUCAAGGGCACCGAGCCGUCACACAUCCGUGGCCGCACUCCUGACGAGCUCUUCUACUUCAACAACUGA